CGGGCAGGCACAACUCAGCCCAGCACACCGAAGACAACCGACCGGCAGCGGUUGAGCAGCAUCCCCCCCCCCUCUUUUUCGGACUUUCGACCUCCGGUCUCCCAUGGCAUCUGUGACCAGUGCGGAGCGCCGGGCUUUUGCUUUGAAAAUCAACAGGCAUUCAUCUGCCGAGAUCAGGCGAAACUUCAGUGGCAACUAUGGCUAUUAUCACAGACGGACAAACUCCAACGCCUCAACCACGACGUACCUCACCGUGCCGCAGUCGUAUGACGCGGUGGAUCCUUUGGACCUGGAGGAGUUCCUGAUGUCGCAGCUGCAAAGCGGCGACUCCACCCUGAUGCAGGAGCUCGGCGACUUUCCCGACGAUGACCUAAAGGUGGACCUGGUGGAGAAGGAGUGUCGUACCGUCCGGCAUCCUGUCCCUGACGAUGGAGUGGAGUUGGAUCCCCAUGUGAGAGAUUGCGUCAAGAGUUACACCCAACCUUGGCUUGUGGUGUCUAGAAGGUGCCAAGGCGAUGGCUGGAGUGCAUAUUCGGAUCGAGCCGGCCUGCACAAACUCCUCCAGAAGCAGACCUUUGAGUCUGACGUCAAGUCCCUCAAAGAAAACACACCAGUCAAGUCUCCAACUCUAGCGGGGCUGAAUGAUGACUCUGGCCGCACGCUGACGUCCUCCGACUUCAACUUGCGCUGUUUGACUCCAGAUCAGAGGGUGCCGGGGCUGCUGGCCUUCAGCAGUCCUGAGGAACUAGACCGCUUUAACCAGGAGAGCCGGCAGGGAAACCGACACCCUGAGGUCUUUGCGUUGUACCCACCCAUUGAUGAGGAAGAUGCGGUGGAGAUCCGACCUAUCCCCGAAUGCCCCAAAGAACACACUGGAGACCGCAUUCAGAUCCGAUGCCAGGCCAUCAAGUUUGAGAUUGACAUUGAGCCCAUAUUUGCCACCAUGGCCUUGUAUGACCUGAAAGAGAAGAAAAAGAUAUCUGAGAACUUCCACUGUGACCUGAACUCUGAGCAGUUUAAAAGCUUCUUGCGAUCGCACAUUCCUCAUGUGGAUCCCUCCACGCUGGCUCGGUCGGCCAUCUUCUCCGUCACCUACCCUUCGCCCGACAUUUAUUUGGUCAUCAAGAUUGAAAAGGUUCUCCAGCAGGGCGAAAUUAGCGACUGCGCCGAGCCUUACAUGACAUUGAGGGAUUGUGAAUUGUCAAAGAACAAGGACAAGGUAGAGAAACUGCGAGGCCAGGCCGAGGCCUUCUGCCAUAGGCUGGGUCGCUACCGCAUGCCCUUCGCCUGGGCCACCGUCAACAUUAUGGAAAUCAUCAGCACGGCAGCCAUCGACCGCGACGUCACAGACUCAGACAGCGUAAAAGGGAAAUCCAGCAGCAUUGAUCGUAAAGGGCAGCUGCCCAGGAGGAACUCUGAACGUUUCAGCACUUUUGACGAGCAGCCGUGUAACAUCUCCGCCUUCAAGCCUGCCACCAUCACCAUCAACACCAUCUUCAAACAGGAAGGAGAUCGUUUGAGUGAUGAAGACUUGCUGAAAUUCCUGUAUGAGAUUAAAAAAACAUCCACUCCACAGAGACGAAUCAAGACGAUACCAGGCUGCAUAAAGCUGGACAUGACUCCACUGCACGACUUACCUCAGGCUUGUUUGUCCACCGAGCUCAUCCCCCUGAUUCCUGUGGCUGAGAAGAACACUCGGCACGUCAAAGAAGUGCUGGAGUUCCCUUCCAGUGAAGUUUACGUCCCUCAUAACGUUUACAGGAACUUGCUCUUUAUUUAUCCCCAGAGGCUGAACUUUGUCAACAGGCUGACGUCUGCGCGAAACAUCAGCAUCAAAAUCCAGUUUAUGAGUGGCGAGGACCCCAGCUGCGCUCUACCGGUUAUUUUCGGCAAAUCCAGUGGGUCUGAAUUUGUGCGGGAAGUUUACACACCUGUUACCUACCAUAACAAAUCGCCGGAUUUCUACGAGGAAGUGAAGCUGGCCCUUCCCGCCCGUCUGACGGAGCGACACCACUUGCUCUUCACCUUUUACCACAUCAGCUGCCAGCAGAAGCAGAACCAGUGCAACAGCUGUGAAACGCUCAUUGGCUACUCUUGGCUGCCCUUAUGGAUGAAUGAGAGACUGCACACGGGUCAGUUCUGCUUGCCCAUUGCCUUGGAGCGACUACCUCCUAAUUACUCGCUACACACUGCUGAGAAACUUUCUUCUCAGACCAUUCCAGUCAAGUGGAUGGAAAGUCACAAGGGAUUGUUCAAUCUGGAGGUCCAAGCUAUGUCGUCUGUGCACACUCAGGACAACCACUUGGAGCGCUUUUUUACCUUGUGUCACGCGCUGGAGGGUGGCGCUACGUUCCCACUGCGCGUUCGAGAGGAGAAGAUUCCUGAGAACAAACUGGAGCACGAGCUGAAGCUCAGCAUCAUCUCCCUGGCGUCGUCCAGCCUGGAGCCACUAGUGCUCUUCUUACACCUGGUGCUGGACAAUCUCUUCACGCUCAUCAUGCAGCCCAUGCUCAUUGGCGGCCAGACCGCCAACCUGGCCCAGAUCGCCUUCGAGUCGGUGGUGUGCAUUGUCAACAGUCUGCAUAACAGUCAGGAGCUGACCAAGGACCAGCAGGGUAGAAACAGCCUACUGGCGACCUACCUUUACUGGGUGUUUCGUCUACCUGACCCCCCUCGAGACAUUCCAAAUGGAACAGGUGGUGUGAUGCCGUCCACAGAGAGCCGCUACAGCACGAUGGGCCGAGCCUCCGCGACCACGGUGGGCAACACGCUUCUGCAGUCCAGGAUCCGCAGCAGCAGCAACCCCGACAUCCCCGUGCCGCAUUCAUCGGCCGAGGAUGCCGAAAUCAAGCUCAUCUUGGCUGCCAAGGGCCACAACGUUCCAGGCAAUCGCAUGUCAACUGUUUUGGACACAAACAGCCAUCAGAAUGCAACAGGAAGCAUCAGGCCCUCCAGCAGGAAGCAAUUUCACGAGGAGCUGGCCCUGCAAAUGGUGGUCAGCACAGGAGUGUGCAGGGAGAACGCUUACAAAUAUGCCUGGUUCUUCUUUGAGCUGCUGGUGAAAAGCAUGGCCCAGCACGUGUCCCAGCUGGAUCAAAACGUACCGCGGAGGAGCCGCUUCUCCGACCGCUUUAAAGAUGACAUCACCACCAUCGUCUCCGUGGUCACAGCUGAGAUCGGGACCAUCCUGGUCAAGCAACAGAAGGAGGUGGAGCAAGCAGAGAAAGUUAACAUCAGCCUGGCCUUCUUCCUCUACGACUUGCUGUCUCUCAUGGACCGGGGCUUCGUCUUCCUGUUGGUGAAAAACUACUGUAAUCAGAUGUCCGCCAAAAGUGUUUCGAUGCCAACACUGAUCAGCAUGCGUCUGGAGUUUCUGCGAAUCCUUUGCAGUCACGAGCACUACCUCAACCUCAGCCUGUUUUUCAGCAGUCCAGCCUCAGCUCCUGCCUCUCCGUGCCCGUCCAUUUCCUCACAGAGCUCCGGUUCUUGUAGUUUCCAAGAGCAGCAAAGGAUCCUGGGCCUGUUUGAGCUCUCUCUGGAGUUCAAGCAGCAGCACUACCUCACCGGCCUGCUGCUCACCGAGCUCAACGCAGCCCUCGACAUGGAAUCUGAAGGGGGAAAGGUUCAGAGGAAGGCCAUCAACGCUAUCUUCAGCCUGCUGUGCUCUCACGAUCUGGACCAUCGCUGUAUCAAGAGCGAGGUCAGAGCCAAGAUGGCCGCCCUCUACUUGCCCCUGGUGGGCAUCAUCAUUGACUCCACCAACUACCUGGAUUUUACAGUGUCAGACACACGCGGGGCAAAGAACAAAAGUGGCGGACCUGAGGACGACCUUGACAGCGUGCCGCCCAUCAAUCAAUCUGUUGCCAUGGCGAUCGCCGGGAACCCCUUCAACACGCUGGGGAGGAGCGUUCUUGUUUCCAUGGCAUCCAUGCAGGGGAAGUCGGUAGCCACCCUGGCGGCGGACACAAGCCGCCACCUGCUGAUUUGCUUCCUAUGGGUGAUGAAGAACGCCGACCGGGGUCUUAUCCAACGCUGGACUGUGGACAUGCCCCCCUCGCAGCUCAACAAGCUGCUGGAGCUCCUCACAAUCUGCGUGUCCUGUUUUGAGUACCAGGCUCAUCAGAGCAGCGAUAAAGUGAGCACACAAGCUUUACAGAAAUCCCUGCAGGCUAAGCUCCAGCUGGAAGAAGCCCUGCUGAGAGGGAUGGGAGCCCGCGGGGAGAUGAUGAAGCGAGUCGGAGGGAUGGACCGAUCCAUAGGUCACAGAGAGAACCUGCGCUGGAGAAAAGAUCAAACCCAGUGGAGACAGACCAACGACAGACAUGAUAAGACCAAGGCGGAGUUGGACCAGGAGGCUCUGAUCAGUGGAAAUUUGGCCACAGAGGCAAACCUCAUCGUUUUGGACCUGCUGGAAACCAUCGCGCAGGCGGUGCCACUGGCGGACUUUAAGGACAGCGUGGUGGGUGGUCUGUUGAAGGUGUUACUCCACUCGCUCACCUGCAACCAGAGCACCACCUUCCUCACACACACCUUCGGCACACUCAGGGCACUUGUUGUUAAGUUUGGCGAGCUGCUCUUUGAAGAAGAGGCUGAGCAAUGCGCGGACCUGUGCCAGAAGGUCCUUCAGUACUGCAGCAGCCCGGUGGAUGAGAACCGGAGCCAGGCGUGUGCCACUCUCUACCUCAUCAUGAGAUACAGCUACAGCAAUGCCAGCAACUUUUCCAGGGUGAAGAUGCAGGUUACUAUGUCGCUGGCCUCCCUAGUGGGCAAAUCCUCCGACUUUGAGGAGGAGCACCUGAGACGCUCCCUGCGCACAAUCCUAGCCUACGCCGAGGAGGAUGCUGAGAUGCAGAACACACAGUUGCCCCAGCAGGUGGACGAGCUUCUGAGGAACCUCAACAGCAUCUUGUCUGACACGGUGAAGAUGCGAGAGUUCCAAGAGGAUCCCGAGAUGCUCAUGGACCUCAUGUACAGGAUAGCAAAAGGCUACCAGACGUCUCCUGACCUGCGUCUGACGUGGCUGCAGAACAUGGCGGAGAAGCACAACAACAGGAAAUGCUACACAGAGUCGGCGAUGUGUCUGGUACACGCCGCUGCUCUGGUGGCGGAGUACCUCAGCAUGCUGGAGGAUCACAAAUACCUGCCCAUUGGCAGUGUCACCUUCCAGAGCAUUUCCUCCAAUGUGCUGGAAGAGUCGGCCGUGUCGGACGACAUCCUGUCCCCCGACGAGGAUGGCGUGUGCUCGGGACGCUACUUCACCGAGAGUGGCCUCGUGGGGUUGCUGGAGCAGGCUGCUGAGCUGUUCAGCAAUGGAGGUCUGUACGAGGCUGUUAACGAGGUCUACAAGGUUAUCAUUCCCAUCCUGGAGGCUCACCGUGACUUCAAGAAGCUGGCGUCCACUCACGACAAACUGCAAAGAGCCUUUGAUAAUAUCAUUCAGAAGGGCCACAAGAGGAUGUUCGGUACCUACUUCCGGGUGGGCUUUUACGGCGCAAAGUUUGGAGACUUGGAUGAGCGGGAAUUCAUUUACAAGGAGCCGGCCAUCACUCACCUGCCAGAGAUAUCUCACCGGCUGGAGAACUUUUACGGGCAGUGUUUUGGAGAGAACGUCCUAGUGAUGAUCAAAGACUCGACCCCUGUGGACCGAAAACAACUUAACCCCAACAAGGCCUAUAUCCAGGUUACAUACGUUGAGCCCUACUUCGACGACUACGAAAUGAAAGACCGGCUGACCAACUUCGAGAAGAACUUCAAUCUGCGGCGCUUCAUGUACACCACGCCCUUCACCAAGAGCGGGCGUCCGCGGGGCGAGCUCAACGAGCAGUACAAGAGGAAGACCAUCCUCACAACAAUGCACGCGUUCCCAUAUGUCAAAACCCGCAUCAACGUCAUCCAGAAGGAGGAGUUUGACCUGACGCCUAUUGAGGUGGCUAUCGAGGACAUGCAGAAGAAGACCAGGGAGCUGGCGGUGGCCACGCACAGAGAGCAACCUGAUGCUGUUAUGUUACAGAUGUUGCUGCAAGGUUCAGUGGGAGCCACUGUUAACCAGGGCCCGCUGGAAGUGGCCCAGGUCUUCCUGAAUGAGAUCCCAGCGGACCCCAAGCUCUUCCGUCACCACAAUAAACUGCGGCUGUGUUUCAAGGAGUUUAUAAUGAGGUGCGGCGAGGCGGUGGAGAAGAAUAAGCACUUGAUCACGUCGGACCAAAAGGAGUACCAGCAGGAGCUGAAGAAAAACUAUAACCGCCUGCGUGAGAGCCUGAGGCCCAUGCUGGAGAAGAAGAUCCCCGAGCUGUACAAGCCCAUCAUCAGACCUCGGCUGGAGAACAGGGACUCCUUCAAACGUCUCAGUUUUCGCAAAACCCAGGAGGAAGUUUCCUGAGGGCCCAUGGUGAAUCGGGGAUGUGGCGCUUUGUGAAGGGGCAGAAUAGAUUGUCAACAGCGACCUCAAUGCACCCCGCGACAAUUGGUUCACUAUUCUCAAAAAGAUAACCAGUGUUUAUAAUAAUAAUAAUGAUAUAGACCUUUCCAUUGCAAUGGAGCAGGAUUUGAUGCAUGGAGCCGUUCACUGUAACAUAUUCACAUGUCCUCAUGAUGCUGUAAACAUUUUGAGAUCUUCACCAUUAGGUUCUUGCUGGCUUAGGACCUUAUUUUUGUGCCAAUAAUGCUGCGCGUGUGUGUGUGUGUGCGUGUGCGUGUGUGCGUGUGUGUACUGUAAAUGGUGCUAAAGGGCUUUUUGAAAUUCUAAUCUCCAGCAUAAAACGUGCGAUUCAAAUGUUUGUAUGUUUAAAUUUGAGGUUGCUAUUUUUUUAAUUAUUAUUUAACUUAUUUGGAGUUAUCUGACAAGUUUAUAUGCGGUAGACGGACUUAAUCUGUACUAGUUUGACUAUAGGUGUGAUCCAUGACAGAUUAAAUAGUCUACAAAUCUAUGAGGAAAGAGUGCAUUUUAAUUUUAAAAUCUAUUUUGUAGAUUACAUUAAUAUUGAUUAAAAACAAUAGUCAGGGUUUGGUACUGAUUAAACAAUUUUUAUUGCAGUUUCACAAUGCCAAAUGUAUAUAUUCUUUUUAAUUUACAGAGCAAUAAUUUCAAAUGCCACUGCACAUUCUUAAAUUUGUGUUUACUUUUUGGCAAAAUGUAUUCCAGUAAAUUUAUGUUCUAAGUGGUCCUGUAAAUAUCUCAUUUCACUUACGAGCUGUCGGUGGUUCUUUAUUUUCAUGCGGCUUGUUUAUCCAAGUCACAUUUGGUAGAUUACAUAUUUUUGUACUAUUUUGUAAACUUCAUAACAUUUUUUUACACAGAUCACUCUGUUAAAUGAAAUUAUAUUUUCCAAACCAGUUUUGAGGCAAACUAAUAUAAUAGCUGGCCUUGAAAUGUAUUGUAAGACUCACUGACCAACUCUUUAAGGAUAUUUUCACAAGCAGUGAGAACCAAUACACAGAUAAAUGAGAAUGCUCGGGUUUGAUUGACAAUUUCAGAAAGAUGUAUUAGUUCAUCAAUACAUGUAUAAUUGUGGUGUAAACUGAAAUGGGUCAUACUGAGAGUGGUUAAUAGAUUUCUGUCAGUACGUUUCAAUGCUGCAGAUUUCAAUAAAAAUAAAACUUAUUCUUGUUCCUAAUACAUGCCCCCCAAUCUUUUUUUUCUUUUUUUUUUUUAAUCUAUUUCAAUGUUGUUGCCUUUUUUUUUUUUUUUUAACAACACCGACGUUAAACUGUACAUGUAUUGUACAUACUGGUAAAGCACCUGAAUAAACAAAAGAAUAUA